GACUAUUCAUUGUUCCCUUCAGCCACGUAUCUUUUGAGCGCCAGAACUCAGGACUACCAAGUAGUCAAAGUGUAAUACGUAUUCCGAGUACAAUUUGCAAGAUCUUUGGCGCAGUACCCGUAGUCCGUCGCUUAUCUUCUGCCUCACCACGCUCAUUCAUAACCGCAAUGGCACAGAAAAAUGGGUCUACUCCGGCUCUUAAUGAGAAUGGGACCAUGGAACAGAAGUUACCACCUCUGUCACUGAAGGACUUUGGUGCCUACAAUAGAUUGGCGGCGCAGAUGGAUCAAUUUCAUAAUCACUUUCGUCUAGCCUGGAAUGAUUUACAGAACGCUUGUGCUGCCAACUGGAAGCGGCCCAACGGACAAAAGCCUAAGCAAUUGAUCAACACAGGCCUGCGUUUCUGCUCCCAGCUUGACUUCCACCACAAAGUUGAAGAAGAGCACGUGUUUCCUGUGCUGGCUCGUAAGAUGCCAGAGUUUCGUCAGAAGCAAACUUUGUUGUCGCAACAUAAAAAGAUCCAUCGUGGACUGGCCGAGCUCGAAGAAUACUUAGAGAAAUGCCGCUCGGGAGAGGAGGACCUGGAGCUGGCGGAGAUGAAACGGCUGAUGGACGCAUUUGGAGAAGUGUUGUGGGCACAUCUAGAUGAAGAGGUUCGAACACUUCAAGCGGAGAAUAUGCGUAAAUACUGGACACUGGAGGAGAUGCGCAGCCUUCCGAUGUGAUUAGAAUGGCGGUGCAGCAUGAUUAUGAGGCUGCUUUCCUGGUAGGACUGUUGCUCUAUCUCUGAUUUACUGAAUUUGCACCCCUUGCUGAAUCCACUCUGUGGGACACGUGUGCUUCCAUCGGGCAGAUGACGACGCUUGUUUACCGUUUCCACUCGACAUGUUUGGUGCCCAUCUUGAUCACAAGCUCUGUCGAUACACUGGCGAGAUGACCCGGUUUUUAUAAACCUAGCGCAAAACUCUUGACUGUUUACGUGAAGGUAUGACGACGACGCUUCUGUCAAACCUUCUCUUGCAUGUUUCCUCCGUAGCCUUCCAUCACAAGGGGAUAAGGACCUGUGCUAGAAGGGAAAGCCUGGGGACGCACGGAUACAUCCGUCCUUAGCCAUAGCACCGAAGCCUAAUUGUUUGCGGUAGCUAAGCCGACAGAGGACAUUCCAACGGACGACGCAUAACUGGAAUGCGGAGUCGAGGAAUGCACACUAUCCCUUAUUGUUCGGUCACCAGGGAUUUACAUUCCAGGAAAGGUUCUUUCUAGUAAUAAUUGUACCAAUCAAUUCCUAUGAUUGGUCGUGCAAUCGAUAAUGCGCCAUUAUCGCCUUACAAUCGAUUGUCUGCCUUCGGUCCAUU